AUAGCCUAUAUCCGUGUUAUUCAAACAUUCUACGCAUUAUAUAAACUCCAUUGCAUUUAAAUGACUUGAAAUUAAUAGUGUGUGGUGCAUUGUUAUGUUGUAUAUGAUAAAAAUUUUAAGUGUUGCUCAGAAAUAAAACGGUUCAAGCAUAAAAGAAAAAGGGACUUUGGCUAUUUCACAUUUUCGGCUUCAAGUACAAUGGUUCUCUUUGUGUACAAAUGGGAUGGAGACGGAGUGAACACGCGCGGACACGUGGCACUCGGGUUACCAGGCGGAACCUAUAUCAGCUGGUGGCCAUCAAGAAAAGUAAUUGACAUGACAGUCACCGGGGUAAAAGCAGAUGAAGAUCGGACAUACGUACAGGACCGUGAAAAUUUCGAAGGCCUUGUACCAAAGAUGUACUCAAUCGACACAACCCAUCAACAAGAAUCCGAUGUAAAGUCUUGGUGGGAGAAAUUUAAAUCGGAAAACGACACGUAUCAUCUCUUGAAUUGCAACUGUUCCACGGUAGCAUUCAAGGCUUUGAGUGUGAUAUAUCCAGACAUUGCGAAGUGGCAUUCCAUAAAGGAAGUGUGGACACCUUCUGACAUAGAACGAGUCGUUCAAAGGCUUAUCACACUGGAGUAUAAAGAACUGGCAAUAAGCUGCGAGCUGGAUAAUCUCAACAUCCGACCAGAUUUAGAGACCAGCUUCGUUCUUGUGCAGCAUAGAUCUAAGUCAAAGAAAAACGUAAAUGGGAAGAAAUGGUGGUAUGAAAAGAAGAAGAGAACUGGACUACUGUAUAUUUUGACUCAGUGUAUAACGGUAGAUGUUCGGGAUUGAUGUGUAGUUUCAUAUGAGUCAGUGUUCGAGGUUGAGCAAUAAUUUGUGUCGAAUACCAUUUUUGGUGAACAGUAUCAAACAAUUGUGUAUUACUGAACGUUUUGUUUUCGUUUUAAUUUUCAUUGUGUUUAAGUAUCCUUGUUUUCUCAUAUUAAGUGUUUGAAUGGUCUGGUUAUGACAGUGCGAAAGAGCAUUGGUAUAAUUAAACAUAUAAAAACUA